AUGACACUAGACUUCCUAGACGAAGGGGGCUACGGGGCAAGGGAGGGUUAUGAAUGGAUCGGUGACUCAGAGAGGGGGUCGACCUUGCCCCCUCCGCCCCGCUGGGCCCCUCGAGAAAGUGCCCCCGGGACUCCACCAGUCUCCCCAUUUCAUCGGUCAGUGCAAGACAUGCGGCUCUCCACGGCUCUACUUCUCCUAGCCUUCGCCUUCAUGGCCAGCGCUACAAAAGUGCCAACAUCCACCCGCGUCAAGAAAAGAACAGGUCAGUCGUACAUAUAA